AUGAAAGUCCGGCCGCGCAUAACUCCGUACAACGUGGGAGGCAUAAAGGGCAACGAUCAAUACAUAUACCGACAUGCCAAUGGACUCAUUGUGGUGGGCCUUGCUCCCUCGCACGCAGCACUGGCAGCAGAUCGAGUGAUCUCAGCCGUUGAUUUCCACGUGGGCAAGAGGAGCCGCCUGGAGAUGGAGGCCACUGGCAAGAACAAACAGAGGGCAACACCUUUGGAUGCCAACUCAGCUCUCUGCAAGAUCGUAAUGGUGACACCACCUCCUGAUACAGUCACAGCAACUGAUACAGGCACAAUCUCUGGUGGUGAUGCCAACGCUGCCACCACAGUUCCCAAUGUGACGGAAUCGAACCCGACCGCAGUGUCUUGUACGACAAAUGCAGCUCCUGGCAGCAGUGCUGCAGGCAGUGGCAGCACUAUCAGUGUGUGUUGCGUCAAGGGUCGGCUGAUUGAGGUCAAUCGACAGCUGGCCACCAACCCGAUUCUGCUCAGAGACAAGGCAGCAUCCGAGGGGUACAUUGCAGUGCUGCUGCCGCAUCCUGCCGAAUGGGCAGCAGCACAACCAAGGCUCUUGACAGAAGAGCAAUAUGAAAGUGCUGAUAUAUGA